AUGCCGCCUCUGCAGUACAGAAACAGCUGUGUCUUCGUUUACUCUCCUGAUGCAUCACCUUUGCCUGAUGAUGAUGACGACGACGACAAUGACACUGCUGAUAGUAGUGAAGUAAUAUCCUUGUUCACUUUUGCCAUCGGUGUCAAUAUCUGCUUAGGAUUCACAGCAAGCCGAAUCAAGAGGGCAGAAUGGGAUGAAGGACCUCCCACAGCAUUAUCUGACUCCCCGUGGACCAACACAUCUGGAUCCUGCAAGGGUAGAUGCUUUGAACUUCAAGAGGUUGGACCUCCUGAUUGUCGGUGUGACAACCUAUGUAAGAGCUACAGCAGCUGCUGUCAUGACUUUGAUGAGCUCUGUUUGAAAACAGCUCGUGGCUGGGAGUGCACCAAAGACAGAUGUGGAGAAAUACGAAAUGAGGAAAACGCCUGUCACUGCUCCGAAGACUGUCUGUCCAGGGGAGACUGCUGUACCAAUUACCAAGUGGUCUGCAAAGGAGAAUCACACUGGGUAGAUGAUGACUGUGAAGAAAUAAAAGCUCCCGAAUGCCCUGCAGGGUUUGUCCGCCCUCCAUUAAUCAUCUUCUCUGUGGAUGGGUUCCGAGCAUCGUACAUGAAGAAAGGCAGCAAGGUCAUGCCUAACAUUGAGAAACUGCGGUCCUGUGGCACACAUGCUCCCUACAUGAGGCCUGUGUACCCCACAAAAACCUUCCCUAACCUAUACACUUUGGCCACUGGUUUAUAUCCAGAAUCCCAUGGAAUUGUUGGCAAUUCAAUGUAUGAUCCUGUGUUCGAUUCUACUUUCCAUCUUCGAGGGCGAGAGAAGUUUAACCAUCGAUGGUGGGGGGGUCAACCGCUAUGGAUUACAGCCAUCAAGCAAGGGGUGAGAGCCGGAACAUUCUUUUGGUCUGUGAGCAUCCCUCAUGAGCGGAGGAUACUAACCAUCCUGCAGUGGCUUUCGCUGCCCGACAAUGAGAGACCUAAGAGGAGAGUUGCCCCUAAGAGGAGACAGGAAAGACCAGUUGCUCCUCCAAAGAAAAGAAGAAGAAAAUUACAUAGGAUGGAUCCUUAUGCAGCGGAAACUCGUCAGGACAAAAUGACAAAUCCUCUGAGGGAGAUUGACAAAACCGUGGGACAGUUAAUGGAUGGGCUGAAACAGCUCAAGCUGCACCGGUGUGUGAAUGUUAUCUUCGUUGGAGACCAUGGAAUGGAAGACGUGACAUGUGACAGAACCGAGUUCUUGAGCAACUAUCUGACUAAUGUGGAUGAUAUCACUUUGGUGCCUGGAACUCUAGGAAGAAUUCGAUCAAAAUUUAUCAAUAAUCCUAAAUAUGACCCUAAAGCCAUUAUUGCUAAUCUCACGUGUAAAAAACCAGAUCAGCACUUUAAGCCUUACAUGAAACAACACCUUCCCAAACGUUUGCACUAUGCCAACAACAGGAGAAUUGAGGACAUCCAUUUGUUGGUGGAUCGCAGAUGGCACGUUGCAAGGAAACCUUUGGAUGUUUAUAAGAAGCCAUCAGGAAAAUGUUUUUUCCAGGGUGACCAUGGCUUUGAUAACAAGGUCAACAGUAUGCAGACUGUUUUUGUAGGUUAUGGCCCAACUUUUAAGUACAGGACUAAAGUGCCUCCAUUUGAAAACAUUGAGCUUUACAAUGUUAUGUGUGAUCUCCUAGGAUUAAAGCCAGCUCCCAAUAAUGGAACUCAUGGAAGUUUGAAUCACCUACUCCGUACAAAUACCUUUAGGCCAACCAUACCAGAAGAAGUCACCAGACCCAACUACCCAGGGAUUAUGUACCUCCAGUCUGAUUUUGACCUGGGCUGCACCUGUGACGAUAAGGUAGAGCAAAAGAACAAGUUGGAAGAACUCAAUAAACGCCUUCACACCAAAGGGUCUACAGAAGCUGAAACCGGGAAAUUCAGAGGCAGCAAAAAUGAAAACAAGAAAAACCUUAAUGGAAAUUUUGAACCUAGAAAAGAGAGACAUCUCCUGUAUGGACGACCUGCAGUGCUUUAUCGGACUAGAUAUGAUAUCUUAUACCACACGGAUUUCGAAAGUGGUUAUAGUGAAAUAUUCUUAAUGCCUCUCUGGACAUCAUACACCAUUUCAAAGCAGGCUGAGGUCUCCAGCAUCCCAGAGCACCUGACCCACUGUGUUCGCCCCGAUGUUCGUGUGUCUCCAGCAUUCAGUCAGAUCUGUUUGGCCUAUAAAAAUGAUAAACAGAUGUCCUAUGGAUUCCUUUUUCCUCCCUAUCUGAGCUCUUCCCCAGAAGCUAAAUAUGACGCAUUCCUUGUAACCAACAUGGUUCCAAUGUAUCCUGCUUUCAAACGUAUCUGGACUUAUUUCCAAAGGGUUUUGGUGAAGAAGUAUGCUUCAGAAAGGAAUGGGGUCAAUGUAAUAAGUGGACCAAUUUUCGACUACAAUUAUGAUGGCUUACGUGACACUGAGGAGGAAAUCAAACAGUAUGUGGAAGGCAGCUCUAUUCCUGUUCCAACUCACUACUAUAGCAUCAUCACCAGCUGCCUGGAUUUCACUCAGCCUGCAGACAAGUGUGACGGUCCCCUCUCUGUGUCCUCUUUCAUCCUUCCUCACCGACCCGACAAUGAUGAGAGCUGCAAUAGCUCAGAGGAUGAGUCCAAGUGGGUAGAGGAACUCAUAAAGACGCACACAGCUCGGGUGCGGGACAUUGAGCAUCUCACCGGUUUGGACUUCUACCGGAAGACUAGCCGUAGUUAUUCAGAAAUUCUGACCCUCAAGACAUACCUGCAUACGUACGAGAGCGAGAUUUAA